GUGAUGUUAAAAUAAUUGGAGUGGAAACUUGAUCUGAUACUGUUUUGUAUAUAAUGCGUAUCUUUAAUUCACAAACUUUUGAGCAAAGGGAUAUUAGGGUCAAAUAUAGUUUCUUAUCUAAUUUGCAUUCCAAAUUGUAAGAUUUGAAUCCAGAUCGCCAAGUAAGCAUAGAUCUUUAAUUCAAGUUACCCCAAUUCCCGAAGAGAGACUUAAUACAAUCCUUUAUGGGAGAACAUAAUUUGCGAAGCAGAAGGAACAAUUGAUAGCUGAAUACUUUUCAUAAU